UUGAUCUCUAUGCUCUUGGAUGGUUUGGAGGUGUUCUUGGAUGUACGUGUGAUGUCUUGGGACUCUAGCAAUCUUCAAAUGGCCGGGAGAGCACAUAUAUAUAGGCCACCAAGUCUUAUAGCCGUUGCACCAACGGUAAGCAGAAAACAACAAACCACCGGUUGAACCGAUGCCUCUACAUUGGGUAGCGGUUCAACCGGUCACUCACAAGCAACUGGACUAGCCGUUGGACUUUCUGACAUGCUGCAGAACCAUCAGUUUAACCGAUGAUUGGGCGUCGAUUAAACCGGUCACUCACAGUCUCUGGACUAGCCGUUGGACCUCUCUCUUCUGUUGACGUCAUUGUACUGAUGGAAUGCUCCGACGCACUACCGGUUCAACCGGUGCUGAAGACUUGGCUUCUACGCGCUUGAUAUCAUCUCUGGAACAUAGUACGUUGAAUGCACCGAUGCCUAUCAUGAAGCCAUCGGUUCAACCGGUGCUUCACUUGAUCUUCCCUUGAUCUCCAUUUGGCGCUCAGACUUGUACCAAAGCGAGGGCGUCGGAUCUUCCGACAACCAUCGGAUGCACCGAUGCUACUGGUUUCUGCAGAACUCGUCCAAUUCAGCGUUUCUUUGAGUUCUUUCUUCGUGUUUUGCUUUGUAUGGCCUUUUUACUUCAUCCCUGGGAUCUAGAAAUGUUCACUCAACAAACCAUUAGUCCCAUUGAUUGCGUUGUCAUACGAUCACCAAAGUCACUCGAAAUGGCAUAAAUGGUGCCAUGUUUGUUACACACUGUCAUCAGCACGUCCCCGAGCAAGUGCCAGGAGGCCGUCGAGCACCUCGGCGCCGACGGGUUCUUGGUCAGCCGGGACCCCGAGCAGAUGAAGGUCUGGUCCUCCUGGACACGGUCCCUGCCGAUCGGUACCUCUCAGUAGCUCACACGGGGACCUCCUGAUCUGUACGAGCAGGCGGCGACGGGCACGAUGGACGGCAUCAUCGACACGGUGUUGGCGUGGCACCCGAUCGCGCCGCUGCUGGCGUUGCUGAAGCCGCUGGGGCAGAUGGUGGUAGUGGGCGUGCCGAACAAGCCGCUGGAGCUGCCGGUGUACGCCAUCGUGCCCGGCGGGAAGGGCAUGGCUGGGAACAGCGUCGGCGGCAUUGGGGACUGCCAGGCCAUGCUCGAGUUCGCGGGGAAGCACGGCAUCGGCGCGGAGGUGGACGUGAUCAAGAUGGACUACGUCAACAUGGCGAUGGAGCGGCUCGAGAAGAACGAUGUCCGCUACCGCUUUGUCAUCGAUGUCGCCGGCAGCCUCGGCUCCUCCGCCUAGACAUAGCUGCAGAAGGUUGAAUACUUGAAUCAGAGCCCCCAACCAAUGACUAUUGCCGGUUGUUGGUGUGUUCAGGCGCUUAUGGUGGGUUUGUGGCUCUGAUUGUUUGGUGUACAAAUAUGAGAGACAUGGUGUUCUACUCUUUUCUUGAGUACAUGUAAACUGAACAUUACAAGUUACUCUGAUUUGUUGUUUUUUUAA